GAUCUCCGUGACCGCGACCGCCACCGCAAUCGCGACGGCGGCUCCGCCGACGUGAUGUUUCGAGGGUUAAGUAGCUGGCUUGGCUUGCAGCAGCCGGCGCCAAGCAGCGAACCACCCGUGGGAGACGAAGAGCCCACGGGAGAGCUUCCGCCGCCGUCGCGGCUCGAGGAGGAGGCACAGUCCCCUCUGGCGGAGCAGCAGCAAGCGGGGGAGCCGGAGCUCCUCUACCAGGCCAAGGGCCUCGGCAAUUACCUGUAUAACUUUGCCACGGCUGCAACAAAAAAGAUAACAGAAUCAGUUGCUGAAACUGCCCAGACCAUAAAGAAAUCUGUGGAAGAAGGCAAAAUUGAUGGCAUCAUUGAUAAGACAAUAAUAGGAGAUUUUCAGAAGGAGCAGAAAAAAUUUGUUGAAGAACAACAUACAAAGAAGUCUGAAGUUGCUGUGCCCCCAUGGGUGGACAGUAAUGAUGAGGAGACCAUUCAGCAACAAAUUUUGGCCUUAUCAGCCGACAAGAGGAAUUUCCUCCGUGACCCUCCAGCUGGCGUGCAGUUUAAUUUUGACUUCGAUCAGAUGUACCCCGUUGCCCUGGUCAUGCUACAAGAGGAUGAGCUCCUGAGCAAGAUGAGAUUCGCCCUCGUCCCCAAACUCCUGAAGGAAGAGGUGUUUUGGAGAAACUACUUUUACCGCGUGUCCCUGAUUAAGCAGUCGGCGCAGCUCACGGCCCUGGCUGCCCAGCAGCAGGCCGUGGCCAAGGAGGGCAAGAGCGGCAGCCCCGGUGCUGACCUGCCUCUGACAGAGGCAGUACGGCCCAAAACACCACCUGUUGUAAUCAAAUCUCAGCUUAAAUCUCAAGAGGAUGAAGAAGAAAUUUCUACUAGCCCGGGAGUUUCUGAAUUUGUCAGCGAUGCCUUUGAUGACUGUAACUUAAAUCAGGAGGAUUUAAGGAAAGAGAUGGAGCAACUCGUACUUGACAAAAAGGAGGCAGCGGCUGUCUCGGAAGAGGAUUCUGCGGACUGGGAAAAGGAGCUGCAGCAAGAACUGCAGGAAUACGAAGUGGUGACGGAAUCCGAGAAACGGGAUGAAAACUGGGACAAGGAGAUAGAAAAAAUGCUCCAAGAAGAAAACUAGUGUUUCUUGAAAUAACUCAGUGAUCCUUAACAUUUUACCAACUGACAUUACAUUGUAGAUGUUGAAACACUGAAUCAGAAGGCACAGAGUAAAACGUUGUGAAAUUC